AUGGCCUUUGAGAACGUGGCCUGGGCUCCUCCCCUCUUCCACACGGAGCAGGAGAAGUUAACAUUUGAGACACCAAACAACACUGUCACUUUAGAAAGUGAACAAGGAGGACUCAGAAAUACAUCUUCACAUUCCGAGUAGACAGGAGUGAGAAACUAUGUCACAACCAUCAGAAUUCCUGUUCAUGGAAUUUCAAAUCCUGGUUUAAAUGAUAGAACAUCUGCUGCAACUCAGAGCACAUUAAGGCAAAUAAUGACAGGAUUUGAUGAGUCACAUAACCUUUCGGGCAGUGAUAAUGAUUUUGAGUCUACUUGCUCACCCCCAAGUCAGAACAUGGAAAGGACAGAGUCACAGAAUGGAAAAGAUGGUUCCAAUGGCAGUAGGAGUUCUGGAUCCGAUUCAAAUCCUAGACCCCAAUCAAGUUCCUCAUCAAUUUCCAGGUCAAGCUCCAGGUAUAUGUCUAGUUCCAGUUUUCAUCCUAUGUCCAGUUCCAGCUCCAGUAGUGAAUAUUCAGAAAUUAGCUUAUUGAUGUUUGAAAGCAGUAAUGAAGAAAGCUCAUCGUCAGACCCACCAUCAGAGGCCAGGCAAGAAAUGCAACAUAGGACCUUUGAUGAAGAUGACUCUUGGCCCUUUCUUAAUCUUGUUCAGUUUUUCAUCUUAAAUGAAGAUGAUCAUGACCAACCUACAGGACUCAACAAAGCACAUAUUGAGAACUUGGCAGUAAGAACUUUUGGUGAAAUUGAUUCAUUAACAACCUGUUGUGUUUGCAUUACAGAAUACACAGAAGGCAACAAGCUUCGCAUACUACCUUGUUCCCAUGUAUAUCAUGUCCACUGCAUUGAUUGCUGGCUGCCUGAAAACUCUACCCAUCCUAUUUGUUGCCGUAAAGUCAGAUGGUCGGUGCAGAGUCGCCUACGUUGCGGAUGUACCUCAGCACUCAUGACACCCCUCCCCUCUGACUUCCUCGACUUUUCACCUUAUGCCCGUACCCCUGACCCGCUGACUACCGUCCCCAGCCCCGGUGGCCGACUGCACUUUGCUCGCCUGGCCCCAUGA